ACUCUGGAAUUUGGAAAUGGAAGCAGAGGUCGUUGUCACACACAGCAUGCGACGAGAUCCAUAAAACGAGUCUUGGAUUGGGAAGGCGAGAUCCCAAACAUUUGAGGGUCCUGGUCCAGCCGGAAGCAAAGCAAUCAAUCACCGAUCCUCUGGAUCCACACCCAUCAACUGCACCAGAAUGUCUAUCGAACCCUAUCAUCUUGGCAGGUAUAGUUCCAUCGGUUCAAGCCCAGAUGUUCGGGGUGCCUUACAGGAAUCUGAUGAUUUAGUAAACCACUUCCAGAAAGUUGGCCCUACCUUCAGGGGCGUCACUAUCCAGGAUGAGGGUACUUGGGAACAUUAUUUGUUGAAUGCUCCGAUAUAUAGUGCUCAGAUUCAAGUGGCUAGUGAUGGGAAUGGUAAUGAGAUUAACACAUUGGUUAAUGUAAAUGAGAAAAAUCCUGAAGACGAUAAUCAGACACCACGGACUGAGAUUGAAGUGGCUAGUGAGAAAAAUCCUGAAGACGAUGAUCAGAUACCACAGAAAGGGAUGGCGUUUUACUCUGAGUUAGAAGCUGAAGAAUUUUACAAAAAAUAUGCCAAGAGAAUUGGUUUUACAGUAAGAAAAGGAAAGGUACGGGAAACAAGAGGUAUACGGACAUCGCGAUGCUUUCUUUGUUCAUGUGAAGGCUCCCGGGCCAGGAAGCAUUCUAACCAGGGAACAGGGUAUCAGAGAUCAGAAACAAGAACAGAAUGCAAAGCCCAGAUCCAAGUCAAACUUUGCGAUGGAAAAUGGGUGAUCACAAAACUUCAUCUUGAGCAUAAUCACAGGUCGCAAUGCCUAGAUACACUAAACUGGCCUUCAGAUGAACCGAAUGGGCCUUCAGAUGAACUUGAAGGUGCUUUGGGAGCCGACGAGGAGAUCCAAACUUCCUUCGCUCCAACUGAAGCUGAAGACAGAGACAAAACUCUCACAGAUCCUAACACAGCUGCAGGGCUUCCUGAGAUGGUUGAGGGAUCUGAAUUAACCUUCGUUACAAAGGAGUUAAUUUGGCAGAAAAUAUUGGCCAAACAUGGAGACAUAACUGCCACUUGCAGCUUUGAAGGACCCGCUGUUCGAACCAAGUUGUCAGAGAUGGCCAAAGAUCUCACACCGGAGAUUGUGAACCUGAUGCAGGAGAAUACUGCCCGCAGCCUGUCUGAUGAAGGCUUCAACUUCAUUUCUAAAACAUUGGGUGAUUUCGAGAGGAUGCAUUUUAAUGUUGAUUGGUUAAGAAGGCCAUUUGUUGCAAGCCAACCUUUAAUUGAGUAUGCACAGGCGGAGCGCAAGAGGGACGUGAUUCGUAGGCGCUUGAAUGAGAAGAUAGCUGAAGUAGCGCAGCUUUUUCCGGAGCUGGACCAAGCAGACGCCAGUUUACAGGAGCUGCAACGCCGAAUACCAGACUUGCAUAGGAUUGAAGAUACACUUGGUAAACGAUUAUUGUAGGAAGUGGAAGGUUGGUUUUACUGAUCUCUUCGUAUGGAUGUUAGUAACUUUUAAACUCAUAUAGGCAUAAGUUAUGCAUAGAACGAUUUGACUUUUUGAAAGGGUGUGGAGCAAAGUGAAGUCUCGCAUUACACCUUAA